AUGCAUAUACAAAAAGUUGUCUUUCUUAUUCUUUUGUCCUUGUCCAGUACAAGUUUUGGCAGUUUUCCAGAGUUACAACUAAGUGAAGAACUCUAUAACAUUGACAUUGACAAUGAAACAAACAUCAUUUUCAUCGGAGGCAAAAAUGUAAUAUUGAAAGUUUCACCGACCAUGAAAGAACUAAAGAGAAUCACAUCUGGUCCUUUGGAAGAUUACAUUGAAUGUCUUGAAUCACGGCCAGUUUGUCCUCAGGAAAGGACCGACAAUAGGAAUAAGAUUCUACUGAUAGACAGUGCAAAUAAAAAGCUCAUCACUUGUGGAUCUUUUAAGCAUGGAGUGUGUCAAGGAAGAAGUCUUGAAACGCUGUCAGUGGAAAUUUCAAAUAAUAAUGAAUAUGUUGUGUCAAAUUCUGAUUUACCCUCAGUUGCUAUAAUUGGUCCACGCUGGGAUGGGAAACUUGCUUUGUAUAUUGCAACUUCAUGGGAUGGAAAAACUUAUGGCCUAUCAGGAAUUUUGAAUUUUCAGAUUAAUCCGAAGCCUGCUGUAUCUACUCGGAACAUUGACGGGUCCAAUGUUUUUGCCGUUUCUGCAAAAUCACUACUUGAUGGAUGUUCGUGUUUACAAUUUGACGACUUAAAUUAUUUAGUGAAAUAUAUUUAUGGAUUUUCAUUGGAUGGCUUUACUUACUUUGUUUCUGUACAAGAGACAACUGAGUCUUACUACCAAAACAAGGACGCAAAAGUUUUCAGUACUUUCAUAAUUCGUAUAUGCCAGCGAGACAGGAGUUACUUUUCAUAUUUAGAGUUACCACUGGAGUCCAAAGGAACUAAUGGAACAAAUUUUAAUAUAGGAACAUCGGCCUACCUAACAAAACCUGGAAACCUUUUUGCUAAGUCUUCUGGAAUUCAAUCUUCAGAUGAAGUGUUAGUCGUAACAUUUGUCCAGACUAAUGGAGGCUGGAAUGAUCGUGCUUCAAAGUCUGGUGUUUGUUUUUAUCCAGUCAAAGAGAUCAAUGAAAAGCUGGCUGCUGACCAGAAGAAAUGUGCAGAUGGCUCAUAUUCAACAGAGGAAUAUGGAUUACCCUGGCUUGGUGAUGUUAAGAACUGUGCUAGGACGGUAAUAUUUAAUACACCCAUUAACCAUGAGUUUGUUUCUUCUGAGACAGGGAAAUUAAAGUCUGGUUUAACUUGAGUAAUUUACUUGCAACUCAGUGCAUGUUAAGCUCAAUCAUGUAGCACAAUCAUGAGUAAUCAUUUUGUCUUUUAUUGUUCACAGGGUUCAAGUUCUCCAACAAUCCUUCCUAACUUCUGUCCUGUUUCAAUUUUUGCACUAAAAUAUGUUAAAUAUCGUUCAAUUAAACUAUCUGCAGCAAAAAAUGCCAUUGUAGAAUAUGAUCAGGGAAUACUAUCUACUGCUGCUGUAGCUGCUAUGCCUUACUUCAAUCACACAGUGUUGUUUAUUGGUACAAGUCAAGGCAAGCUGCUCAAGGUACAUGUAUAUUAAUUUAGUUCGCUGAUUAUAAGUCCUAAGUCAAGUAGGUUUCUGUCAUUUUUUGCAGCUACUGUUUGUUUGCUGAGACAAAGUAUGUUGCUCUGUAUGCUUUGAUCAAAUCUAGUUUCUCUCUACUUGAACGUGCAACAGAAGACCUGUUUUGUGAUCCAUAUUAAUCUGUAUUUGAAUCUUCUUUUUCUUGCAAAAUACAAGCAUGCAAGAUACCCCCUUCUGUCCAAUCACAGAGAAGUUAUGUUGAUAAUUUCAUUACUCAUUACACAUGCAGGAAUACAGAUUUGAAUUUGCUACUGGUUACGGCAAAGAUUAAGGGGUUCAUUUUUCUAAUAACCGAUUCAUCAAUGCUGCAAUCUAUCGAUCUGGGGGUAUGCUUGACCUGGUGUGACUGCUACUAAUACCUAAAUAUAAAUAAAUGUCUCCAUUUCUCCAUUUUUGACUCCAGGGCUCAUUUGUGUGAGAGACUAUUAGUGCAAAUCCAAGGAUAUUUACAUUGUGUACAGAUGCUCUUUUUGUAGUCAACCUGGUAUUAUCGUUGACUGCAAUAAUUGGAAGCCUUGAAUAACUCAGCCAAGGAGGAAAAAUCUGAAUUUCUUGGAAAAUACCCUCAAUAUUUUAAAUCAAUAAUUUUUUACACAGCACUGUGUGUUAUAGGUAUCAGUGGGAGACGGCAAGAGUAAGGUGAAACCAUAUGCUGUGUUUAACAUUAGCUCUUACGAAGUUCGGCAGUUAAAGCUCACAAGUGAUAAAAAGUACUUGGUUGUUCUGAGCACACACAAAGUAAGUUCAAAAUAA